GGGCAACAAUUCCUUUCUGCAGCAACUGUUUUAUUCAAAAAUUCUGAAACCUUUGGAACAUUUUCACCAAAGGGAGCUGUGCCUGGAUGUCUGUUACCAGCUUGUAAGCUAAGCACCUGGGAUGGGAGAGACCCAGGUUCCAGUCCCUCCUCCGGCCUUAGCCAGGGUGAUGUGGUAUGAAGACUCUGCUCUGCAUCAAGCAGAGCAGGGACUUGAGCCAUCCGAGGCUAGAGCCCCGAUCCUAAAGCUACAGAAGGUGGAAAUCCUCGAUUGGAAGACAAAGCAACAGCUGUGCUUUCUGGAUAAGGUGGAACCACAUGCCACGAUUAGUGACAUCAGAUUGAUGUUCCAUAAAUCAUAUCCCCAGUGGUAUCCAGCAAGGCAGUCAAUAAGACUUGACCCCAAAGGAAAAUCCUUGAGAGAUGAGGAAAUCCUGCAGCAUCUCCCAGUUGGCACAACCGCUACACUAUAUUUUAAAGAUUUAGGGCCACAAAUAGGAUGGACUAUGGUAUUUUUGACAGAAUAUGCAGGUCCAUUGUUCAUCUAUUUUCUGUUUUAUUUUCGCAUGCCUUUUGUCUAUGGCCUGGAUGACAAGCUUACAUCAAGCCCACAUCCAGUGGUUAACUUGGCAUGUAUCUGCCAUUCUUUCCACUACAUCAAAAGGUUGAUUGAAACAAUAUUUGUUCAUCGGUUCUCCCAUGGGACUAUGCCACUGAGGAGUAUUAUUAAGAACUGCUUCUAUUACUGGGGAUUUGCAGCUUGGCUUGCUUAUUACAUCAAUCAUCCUCUUUAUACACCUCCUUCCUAUGGACAAAAACAGAUAAAUUUUGCUGUUAUCAUGUUUCUGAUAUGUGAAGCUGGAAAUUUUUCUAUCCACGUUGCACUCAGUGACCUAAGAAGAGAUGGAUCCAAGAUCCGUAAGAUCCCUUAUCCAACAAAGAAUCCUUUCACGUGGCUGUUUUUCUUUGUAACCUGUCCUAACUAUACAUAUGAGGUGGGGGCAUGGAUCAGCUUCACCAUCAUGACUCAGUGCGUCCCGGUGGGAUUGUUCACAUUUCUUUGCUUCAUUCAGAUGACAGUUUGGGCAAAGGAUAAACACUACACCUACGUACGAGAAUUCAAGGAUUAUCCAAGUCUUAGGAUGCCAAUUAUUCCUUUCUUACUGUAAGAAAAAAGAACUGCUUGAAUACCUGAGUGGAACUACAGGAGGAUAAAGCUGAUGGGCUCUUUUUAUUGAGAAACCUGCUGGCAAAUGAGAGAAUUCAUUUAGAUAACUAAACCAGGGUGGAAGCUACAUCUCCCUAAUAUUUCUAAAUUUUCAGAAAGUCAUAUUGGUUGCCAUGACUUUAUUGCUUCAUUGGCAGCCAAGGGCCUUUAAGGCUCACUAUUGGCUUAGAUCCUUUCAAAUAGUGACAGUUGUAGCUUCCUGUACUGGCCUGGUUGGUUUUGUGGAUCACAAUGAAGCCUUGCCACCGGGAAGCUCCAACUUGUGGAACAGAAUUCCACAGAAGUGCUGAUUGACCACAUUGAUUUUUGGAGUCAUCAUCAGGUCAGCUGAUUCAAAGGUAGAUGUGUGUGCUGCCUUCCCUUGCUGGAGAGAAAGUGCAAUGGGGAAAUGAAGAAGUUACAAAGGAGGGAAAUAGGAGUACUCAGAAUAAAGAGGUGAGCAAUAGCUCAGAUGCCUGAGUUGGCCCGAACACACACUUUGACAAGUCAACCUUAAAUCACAAGUCAUAGAAUAGAACAUCCCCUGUUAGGAAAACUCCUUUGUCAAUGAAUUGCUCACCAGCUAGCUGACUGGAUUUUGAAGAUGUAGUAUCUUCUGUAGCUGUGAUGUUUGGCCUGUUUUCAUAAAACAAGUCAUUACGAUACCAAAAAGAACUUUUACUUAGAGGUUUUAUGUUAGUGUUUUCUGAAGAGUUUUUAAUGUAUUUUGUAAACAAAUGCACUAUCCUACAGUCCUCAAAAUGAUACUUCUGUCCCUGUUUGCAAAGCAGGGAGAAAGAAUCAGUUACAUAGUGAACUUUCUAUGUUUUGUUUUCCACAAGGUGUUCAGUUUAACUUGGAAGUUUUUCUAUAAAUCUAUUCAAGAAACUACUGCAAAACCUGUCUUAAUGACUUUUUUUAAGAACCUAUUUUAGAAUGUAUCUACAAAGAGAAAACAUACAUAAUGUUUUUUCAUGAUGAUUUAUUUACCUAGAAAUGACUUAUAGAAAGAUUUUUGCAACUAUUUGUAAAGAUAAAAUAUGCAAUAAAUUCAAGCCUACAUUUUGAACUCUGUCAAAAUAAUUAUGGCAACAAAAGAUGAUGCAUUAUAGCUGGUUGCAGAAGUUUCAUAGUUUAUAUAUAAAUAUAAAGCAAAAUGGUCUUGUGUCAAAUAAAAAGUUACAUCCACACUGGAUAAAAAACAAAAACAAAAUCCAAGUUCACUAUUACAUAGCAAAUUCUACCACUGGAUGAAUGGCUUAGAAGCAUGUAAUGAUUAGUGCUAUGAGUAAUCAAAGCAAUAAAUCAUUAUGAAUGA